AUGCAGCGUGAUCUGUGGCACAGUGAUCCCAAAUUCGACACUACAGACACCAUGAUUUCGGCCACAGAUGCUGGAAACGGCGACAGACUGAUCAUAGAACGGGAUGUCGCCAUUCCGAUGGACGAUGGCAUUGUUCUUCGAGGCGACAUCUUUCGGCCUGUGUCCUCGGAUGAAAAACCUUGUCCGGUGUUGGUAACAAGUGGCCCUUAUGGUAAAGGAGUACCAUGGCGUGAGGGUUACUCGAUUCAGUGGAACUUCAUGACGUCGAAGCACCGGAACUUAUUAUCGGGUUCCUCGAAAGAGUAUAUGGUGUGGGAAACCCCGGACCCAGAGAUAUGGUGUCACUGGGGGUACGCCUGCUUCCGCAUAGACAGUCGGGGCACCGGUCGGUCCCCAGGGUAUCUAGAUAUUUUCUCUCCACGCGAGAUGAAGGAUUUCUACAACUGCAUUGAAUGGAUUGCCGAUCGAUCGUGGUGCACAGGCAGUGUUGGCCUCAGCGGUAUUUCAUACUACGCUGCUAGCCAGUGGCUAGUCGCUAGUCUACAGCCGCCGCAUCUGAAAGCGAUGGUCGCAUGGGAAGGCUUCGCGGAUUGGUACCGUGAUGUUGGUCGUCACGGAGGCAUACAAAGUAAUGUCUUUAUGGAGAGAUGGUUUGCAAAUCAAGUUUUAUCCGUACAGCACGGUUAUCCGGAAGCAAUAAUUGAUCCAUGGUUGGGUGAACGAGCAAGCGGUCCAGAUAUAUUGACCGAAGAGCAACUAGAUCAGAACCGUGCGGACCCUGGUCGGGAUAUAUCCGAGCGACCUCUAGAUGACGACUAUUAUCGGCAGCGAUCGGCAAUAUGGAACAAGGUUGAAGUGCCAUUCUUAAGUUGUGCCAAUUUAGCUGGACAUGGUUUACAUCCUCGCGGCAACUUCGAGGCAUUUAUGAGCGCUAACAGUAAGUAUAAGUGGUUAAGCUGUCAUCCAGGGCGUCAUGAGGAGUGGUACUACCUUGACCAAGGGAUGGAUCUACAGAAACGGUUCUUUGACUAUUUUCUAAAAGGCGAGCAGAAUGGGUGGGAGAGCACGCCUCCAGUCACACUGAGAGAGAGACGACCAUUUGACGACCAAUUCACUGUCGUUAGGCAUGAAGCCUCGUGGCCGUUGCCCAACACAAAAUGGACCAAGAUAUUCCUAGGUACCGACGACCGUCAAGCGUCUACACUAAGUUGGUUGUCUAUUGGAAAGCAGGGAAGUGUCAAUUUUAACGCCAGUACGGGAGAACUUGUGUUUCAUUCAGCGCCACUAGAACAGGAACUCGAGAUUACAGGUCCAAUGGCAGCAAAGCUUUUCGCGGCAUCUUCUACCUCUGAUAUGGACCUCUUCCUGACAUUGCGGGCGUAUGCGCCCAAUGGUCGCGAAGUCGACUUUGAAGGAACAUUGGAUCCGCGGACACCCCUAUCACAAGGGUGGUUACGCGCAUCUCACCGGAAGCUUGACAUGCAGAAGUCGUUACCCUAUCGCCCAUUUCUCGCGCACGAUGAGCAACAGCCACUAGAACCGGGAAAGCCUUACGAGCUGGACAUCGAGGUGCUGCCCACCCAUAUCAUCCUGCCCAAAGGUUUCACCCUAGCUCUACAGAUUUCUGGCAAAGACUUCGAACGCCCUGCUCAGAAUGCAGAGACGGAGCUUGCAUGGGCAGCGCAGGGGGCCAGGGGCUCAGGGCCUUUCUUGCAUACCUCUGAAACUGAUCGCCCUAAGGAUAUUUUCGGAGGAACAACCACAAUCUUCCUAGGUGGAGAAACGAGCUCGUAUAUACUGCUCCCAGUAAUCACUAGAUAG